AUGGGAGAAGAAGGAGAAGUACAAGCACUUGUCGUUGAUAACGGAUCUGGUAUGUGCAAGGCCGGUUUUGCUGGUGAUGACGCACCACGAGCUGUCUUCCCAUCAAUUGUUGGCAGACCAAAACAAGUCUCAGUCAUGGCUGGUAUGGGCAACAAGGACACCUAUGUCGGAGAUGAAGCCCAAUCAAAGAGAGGUAUCUUGACCCUCAAGUACCCAAUUGAGCACGGUAUCGUCAACAACUGGGACGAUAUGGAGAAGAUCUGGCACCACACUUUCUACAACGAGCUCAGAAUUGCCCCAGAAGAGCACCCAGUCCUCUUGACUGAAGCCCCAAUGAACCCAAAGGCUAACAGAGAAAAGAUGACACAAAUCAUGUUCGAGACUUUCAACGUCCCAGCCAUGUACGUUGGAAUUCAGGCUGUCCUUUCAUUGUAUGCCUCUGGUAGAACCACUGGUAUUGUUAUGGAUUCUGGUGACGGUGUCUCUCACUGCGUCCCAAUCUAUGAAGGGUUCUCACUCCCACACGCCAUCCUCAGAAUUGAUCUUGCUGGUCGUGAUCUCACUGACUACCUCAUGAAGAUCUUGACUGAGAGAGGAUAUGCUUUCACCACAACUGCUGAAAGAGAAAUUGUCAGAGACAUCAAGGAGAAGCUCUGCUACGUUGCUCUUGACUUCAACGAAGAAAUGCAAAAGGCUGCUUCAUCAUCAGAACUCGAGAAAUCAUACGAACUUCCAGAUGGUCAAGUCAUUACCAUCGGAAACGAGAGAUUCAGAUGCCCAGAAGCUCUCUUCCAGCCAUCAUUCCUUGGUAUGGAAGCCUCAGGUAUCCACGAGACCACUUACAACUCAAUCAUGAAGUGUGAUGUCGAUAUCAGAAAGGACUUGUACGGAAACAUCGUCUG